CCACAAUACAGUGCCGGGGGGCCACGAUAUGGUUAAAACAACGUGUUUCUAGAGUUUUACGCUUAUAAAAACAUUUUAAACAGCGUCCAGAUAUUAUUCGCUUCCGUGAGCAGACACUUAAAGUCACAACAAACGAGUCGCUGCGUCACAAAUGGGCAAACUAUUAGCACCGUUAGCAAUUAGCAUGGGUGCAGAAGCAGCACGUGAGCUGGUUACACUUUUGUUUAUGUUUUGACCAGCUGAUAUAAACCUGAUUGUUUAUAAGUCACAGCUCUGAGAUCAGCAGCUACAUUCACGUCAAAGUGUUAGUUAUUCAGCAUGUCAGGUCUGAUAAUGAUGGCUGCUGUUUGUUGACUUGCUCCACAAGUGCUCUGAGCUCGUAGAACAAAAGAGAAAAGGAUGGAGAGGCUGUAGAUCCUGUUUUAUACUCUGCUGGUUGUCUGCUGAGCAGAACACAGGAUGCCUUACCACUGCGUGGCCUACGGAUGCGGCAAAACUGCAGAAGAUGGUGUGACGCUGUUUAAAUUCCCCAAAGACCAUGAUGAGUUUCGCAAAUGGGAGAAGCAGGUCCAGCGCACCCGCACCCAGUGGGUCGCCACACCUAACUCUCACCUCUGCAGCGAGCAUUUCGGCAAGGAGUACUUUGAGCCGAGACCAUCCUCGUGCGCUCUGAAACUGAGGCCGGGAGCUGCUCCUACGGUGUUUGUUCGUCCGCACUGUUCAUCCUGCAGCGGAGUGGGCUGCUGUAAGUGCCUGCCUGCUAUCCAGCGGCGAGGCAUUACAGCCGAACCAAGAGAGUGUACUACAGAUCAAAGUAAACCAGCACCCAAUCAGUUUGAUGGAGGCACUGAUGGAGGAGGUGAUCCAGCAAGAGGAGGGGUGAAGCCGGGGGAAAAAAACAGAGAUGAUCGACCAGUCGUGUGUGAGAUGUGUGGCACCAGCGGCACCUUCAGCACCUUCUUUUCAAAGACCAAGCGUUUCUGCAGUUUAUCCUGCUCACGUUCCUACUCAUCUAACUCCAAGAAGUCCUCCAUACUGGCCCGUCUGCAGGGAAAGCCCCCGUCAAAAAAAGCCACAGUGUUGAGCAAAGUGAACAAAGCUCCUCCGGCCUUGACAGGAUUGGAUGCAUCUGUUGCAGGUUUUGAGUGGGGUGCAUACUUGGAGAAGACAACAUCUCUGGCUGUGUCCGUGUCCUGCUUCAGACAUGUUCCCCUAUGUGACCAGUGGGAUGACGUCACCGUAGGGAUGAAGGUGGAGGUCCUGAACACAAACGCAGUCCUGCCCAGCAAAGUCUACUGGAUCGCUACUGUCAUCCAGGUUGCAGGAUACAAAGCGCUGUUGAGAUAUGAAGGCUUCGAGCAUGACAGCAGCCAUGACUUCUGGUGCAGCCUCGUUUCGGGAGAGCUAAACCCGAUUGGAUGGUGCGCCAUGACGAGCAAGCUGCUGGUGCCACCUCAAGAUGUGAAGCAGAACAUCCCAGACUGGAAAGAGUAUUUGAUGAAAAAGCUAGUGGGGGCUAACACGCUACCUGUUGACUUCUACCUGAAGAUGGCAGAAAACAUGAAAACCUCUUUCAAAAUAGGUAUGCGUGUGGAGGUGGUGGAUCCCAAGCAUGUGAGCCGGACCCGUGUGGCCACCAUAGACUCCAUUGUUGGUGGCCGUCUGCGGCUGGUGUACAUAGACCAAAGCGACGCCCCCGAAAACACCAUCUCUGAUUUCUGGUGCCACAUAUGGAGUCCCCUGUUGCACCCGGUAGGCUGGUCCAGCAAAGUGGGUCACGCCAUUAAAGCGCCUGUAAAAGGUGCAGAAGCUGCAGCCGGUGGCUUGAAGGGUAACUCUGACAGUUUGUCCCUGCUCUUUAAAAAGCCCAGGUUUGUUUACACGGCAGGAGGUUUCUUUGAAGAAGGAAUGAAGCUGGAGGCCAUCGACCCUCUUAACCUGGGAAAUAUCUGUGUGGCGACUGUACAGAAGGUUCUGUUAGAUGGCUACCUGAUAGUGGGAAUCGACGGUGCCAUAUCAAACAACGGCUCCGACUGGUUUUGUUACCACGCUUCAUCUCAUGCCAUACUUCCUAUAGACUUCUGUAAAAAGAACAACAUCCCUCUCACAGUGCCACAAGGUUAUGACUCUCAGACCUUCACCUGGGACAAAUACCUGAAGGAGACCAAAGCUCAAGCUGCUCCGGCACGACUGUUCAACACUGACUUCCCUGGACCCGGCUUCUCCCCCAACAUGAAGCUGGAGGCGGUGGAUUUGAUGGAGCCACGACUGGUGUGCGUGGCCACCGUGAAGCAGUGCGCGGGCCGUCUGCUCCUCAUCCACUUUGACGGCUGGGAGGAUGAGUUUGACCAGUGGAUCGACCACCAGUCGCCAGACAUCUACCCCGUUGGCUGGUGCGACCUCGUGGGCUACCAGCUCCAGCCACCUCCUGGACUUUUUGAUUUAAUCGAACACCAGGUGGCACAGAACAAAAAAACAAAGCACUUUAUAUAUGGGAAAAAGAAAAAAAGGGGAGCAAAGAAGAGGCUCUCUCAGGAGCAUGGUGAAGUUGAUGCUGGUCAACAGCCUGAGGUCAUCAACAAAGAUGGUCCUCCAGCGACUGAAGGCCCCUCUCAACCACCAAAAGUGCCUCUCAUCCAGCCUAAGACUGAGCCAGAGGAGCAGGAGAUCUUUGCAGUGCAGGUGAAAGUGGAGGAGGUGGAGAUGGAGACCCCCAUUGAUCCUCCAGACAGCCCUCGACCAGCCUCUCUGGGUAUAAUCAAACAGGAGGAGGCAGGGGAGGAGAGAAAGUCGAGACUACAUCAGGAACAUGUAGCGGAGAAAAAGACAAAGAAGAGCGAGACUGUAGCAGGAGGAAGUGGAGAGUCGGUAUCUUUGGAGGAGAGCUUUACUGACAAAAAAAGUAGUGGCGUAGAGAAGCUGGAACAAGAGGAGGGGAGUCAAGGAGAUGAUGGCGCCAUGGACGAAAUUUCAAGAGGAGAGGCUGCAGGAAAGGAGAGAUGAGACGAGUAUGUCUGCUAUAAGAAUGAAGAGAACUACAGAAAAGGUGGAUGAGCAAAAAGACAGUGAUGGAGAAAAUAAGGACUGAAAAAAAAUGACACACAAAUGUGUGCUAAGAUAUUAAGAGCACAUAAAAAAACUGUAGGGAAAGCUGGUACACACAUUCAAUCUCUGGUGGUUUAAAGUUAUGAUCCUUGAGGUUUCAGACCUGCUAACAGUGUAGGUCCCAAAUUUUGGGGGGUAACCAAACAACAAAUGCUGUUUUUAAUUUAGCUGAUCUGGCUGUGGGAGACAGUGAGGCUGAUGUCACUGUGAUGGAAUUACAAACUAACGCUGGAUUGCGUGCACGCAUGUUUGCUGUGAAUCUCUUGGACUUAGAGUCCGCCACUAGCAAUAAAAACUACACUAUAGAAAAGUAAUAAUAGAAUAUAAAUACUUGAAUAGGUGUUGCUUUAAAAACACUGACCAUAAAUAGUAUUAAAAAAAGGUAUAACUUUAUAAAAUAUACAUUUAAAAUCAUGACUACAAAGACUAAUGUAGCAAAACUACUUCACUUUCUCCAUGUCUGAGUUCCACUACAUAAGCAUAUUUGUGAUUGUUUUCAACUUUUAAUUGAGUUUAACAUCACACCUGUAAGUAUGAAUGUGGGUUUGCUCAGUUCACAUAGCAGACAGAUAUUUGUUGUAAUGUUUUAUUGUUUUCCUGUUUUCUGUUCAGAUGUAUUCUUUUUUUUCCGUGAACAUGAAACCAUUGAUAAAACGAACUUUGUGAUUUGA